AUGCGCCGAACAAGGCUUAUAUCGAAUAACGGUUUUCAUGGAGAUCUUCCAUCUUCUCUAGGUAAUAUGAAAGGUCUUGAGUUUCUUGAUAUAUCUCACAACAGUUUCCUCGGGGAGCUACCAAGAAGUUUUAUACAAGGUUGUUAUUCAGUGAGUAUUUCGAAGAUGUCACAUAACAAACUAAGUGGAGAGGUUUUGUCAAUAUCAACAAACUUUACUGAUAUAGUGGUGCUGUUAAUGGAUAGCAAUCAAUUUACAGGAAAGAUCGGUCAAGGUUUGCGGAACAUGCAACACUUGUUACUACUUGACAUUUCAAACAAUAGUCUUUCAGGUGUUAUUCCAAAUUGGAUUGGUGAACUUCAUCUAAGUGCACUAUUGAUUUCAAACAAUCAGCUGGAAGGUGAAAUACCUAUUUCUUUGUUCAACAUAUCCAGUUUACAAAUGGUGGAUCUCUCUGCAAGUACCUUAUAUGGAGACAUACCUCCACACGUAAAUUCAACAAACGAAGUAGUGUUACUCCUACAAGACAACCAUUUAUCAGGAGCUAUUCCGGAUACACUCCUAUUAAAUGUCAGUAUACUUGAUCUGAGAAAUAACAGAUUGUCCGGCAAUAUUCCGGAGUUCAUCAACACCAAAAACAUCAGUAUUCUUCUUCUGCGGGAGAAUAAUUUAACAGGUCUUAUACCUCAAAAAUUGUGUAGCCUAAGAGGCAUUUACCUUUUGGAUCUAUCUAACAACAGACUGAAUGGAUCCAUACCUUCAUGUCUUAGAAAUAUAUCAUUUGGUUUGAAGAAACAGGAUACAUCAAAUGGCUAUGGUUUCACAUUUGGUUACAUUCCUAGUGAUGUCUUCACUAGCUUCAUGCGGGAACAAGAUGCUAGCUCUGCCGAGAAUAUUGGUAUAUAUUUCAAAUCUCUGCUUGUGCUUGAUCCUUUUAGUAUAGAUUACUUUGCAGGCGCUCAGAUAAAAAUUGAAUUUGCAACAAAACACCGAUAUGAUACUUACAUGGGUGGAAAUCUUCUAGGCUUUUCUGGAUUAGACCUCUCAGUAAAUGAGCUAAGCGGUGAGAUCCCAGUGGAGGUAGGAAGUCUUGUGGAACUACAUGCUCUAAACUUCUCUCACAACUCUUUAUCAGGUUUGAUACCAACAAGUUUUUCAGGUAUGAAGAAAGUGGAAAGCCUUGAUCUGUCUUUCAAUAGACUGCAAGGCCAGAUCCCAACACAACUGACAGAUCUGAACAGCCUAGCUGUGUUCAAUGUCUCAUUCAACAACUUAUCAAGAGUCAUUCCUCUGGGAAAACAGUUUAACACCUUUGAUACGGGGAGCUACUUAGGUAAUCAUCUUCUCUGUGGGAAACCAACCAACAUAAGCUGCAAUGGUAAUAACUUUCAAGAACCAGAAAAUAAUGAAGUGAGAGCUGAUGAUUCCACUAUCGACAUGUUAUCUUUCUACUGGAGUUUUACUGCAGCCUAUGUAAUAAUACUUCUUGGAAUAUUCAAAUCACUCUCUUUUGAUUCUCGCUGGAGCAGAGCUUGGUUCUUCGUCGUUGAUGCUUUCAUCCACAAGGGUAAGGUGUUAUUGAGAAAAUACUUGAUAUGGGUGAUAUUGCCGUUGGGGCAGCUACAUGGAUACAAAAGCUGUGUUGAAAAGGAAAAGAAGGCUUUGUUGGAGCUCAAGCAAUACUUAAUCUCCAGAGAAGAGGAGUUUGACUAUGUUCUCCCUACUUGGACUUACGACACAGAGAGCGAUUGCUGCAUUUGGGAAGGAGUUAAGUGCAAUCGUACAAGCAAAAGGGUGACCGAGAUUUCCUUUGGAGAACUGUACCUCAAAGGAAAUUCUCUCCUAAAUCUUUCUUUGCUGCAUCCCUUUGAAGAUGUUCGUAGUCUGAACUUAUCCUGGAACAGAUUCAAUGGCUUGUUUGAUGAUGUUGAAGGUAGUUAUAAAAGCCUAGGGAGAUUAAGAAACCUGGAGAUUCUGAAUCUCACUUUUAAUCGUUUCAACAACAGCAUCUUUCCCUUUCUUAAUUCCGCUACAUCACUUAAAACUCUUUUACUUGGGAAUAAUGACUUGGAUGGCCCUUUUCCUGCUAAAGAACUUAAAGAUUUGACAAACUUGGAAAUGCUGGACCUGAGUCUAAACCAUUUUCAAGGCCCCCUAGAAGUACAAGAUUUAUCUGCCCUGAGGAUGCUGAAAUCUCUGGACCUAAGCUGGAAUAGAUUUUAUGGAAAAAUGGGAUUGCAAGGCUAUAAGAGCUUAAGAAACUUGGAGAUCAUGUAUCUCCAUGGAAAUGGAUUAAACAACAGCGUAUUUCCCUUUCUAAAUUCUGCUACAUCACUCAAGACUCUGUUUCUUAGGUACAACAACUUGGAUGGCCCUUUUCCAGCUGAAGAACUCAAAGAUUUGACAAACUUGGAACUGCUGGACCUGAGUAGGAACAAAUUUAAUGGCUCCAUACCAAUACGAGUGUUACCUGCCCUGAGAAAUCUUAAAGCUUUGGAUCUAAGUGGUAAUGAGUUUUCUGCAUCAAUGGGAUUGCAAGGCAAGUCUAAACAUAUCUUACGGAUUUGUGAUAUGAAGAAUAUGCAAGAGCUUGAUCUCAGUCGAAACAAACUUGUAGGUCAGUUUCCUUUAUGCUUAACUGGCCUAACUGAACUUCAAGUUCUUGAUCUCUCAUCAAACCAAUUGACUGGAAAAGUUCCAUCUACUCUCGGAAGCCUUAAAUCCCUCAAGUACUUAUCAUUGUUAGAUAACAACUUUGAAGGAUUCUUCUCACUUGGUUCGCUUGCCAAUCUAUCAGAGCUGAGGUUUUUCCAACUUAAUUCAAAAUCCAAAUCACUUCAAGUAGAGUCUGAAGGUUCUUGGAUUCCGAAAUUUCAACUGGUUGUUAUUGUACUCCAAUCUUGCAACUUGGUGAAGGUUCCCCAUUUUCUCCUAUACCAAAAAGAAUUGGUUCGCGUUGCUCUUUCUGACAACAAAAUAUCUGGAGAUUUUCCUCACUGGCUAUUGGCAAACAAUACGAAACUCGAAGUUUUGUUUCUACAAAAUAAUUCGUUUACAAGCUUUCAGUUACAAGAGUCUGCUCACAGUCUGCUUUUCCUGGAUGUGUCAGCCAAUGACUUCAAUCAUUUGCUUCCUGAGAAUAUCGGGUGGGUACUUCCUCAUGUAAAGCAUAUGAAACUAGGUGAAAACAGUUUUCAAGGAUGUUUGCCAUCUUCUCUAGGUAACAUGAAAAAGAUUUCAUAUCUGGAUCUAUCUCACAACAACUUCCAUGGGACGUUGCCAAGAAGUUUUGUAAUGGGUUGUUAUUCCAUGAGCAUCUUGAAACUUUCAUAUAACAAACUAAGUGAAGAGGUGUUUCCGGAAUCAGCUAACCUCACUCUUAUAUCAGAGCUGUACAUGGAUAACAAUCUGUUUACAGGUAAGAUUGGUCAAGGUUUGCGGAACUUGGAAGACUUGGAACUGCUUGACCUUUCAAACAAUAAUCUCACGGGUGUUGUUCCGAGCUGGAUUGGCAAUUUUAGAUACUUGAACACACUACUACUUUCAAAUAACUCGCUGGAAGGUGAAAUACCUAUUUCUUUGUUCAACUUAACUAAUCUUGAGCUGUUGGACCUCUCCGCAAAUAUUUUAUCUGGAGGCAUACCUCCACACAUCAUUUCGAGAAGGGAUGUAAUAUUACUCCUUCAAGAUAAUAAAUUAUCAGGUGUUAUUCCAGAUACACUGGUAACUGAUAAUGUCUCUGUUCUUGAUCUACGAAAUAAUGGAUUGUCUGGGAAUAUUCCGGCUUUCACCAACACCCAAGGCACCAAUACUAUUCUUCUUCGGGGGAAUAAUUUAACAGGGAGUAUUCCUCACCAGUUGUGUGGUCUAAGAAACAUCCAACUUCUUGAUCUUGCCAAUAACAGGCUGAAUGGAUCCAUACCUCCAUGCUUCAGCAAUACAUCAUUUGCUUUUGGGAAAGUGAAUACAUUAUAUGAUUACGGCACGGUGACCAGCGGUGUUACUUCGUUCACUGGUGUUUCUGAAGAGUACCGUGUAGAAUCAGAGUUUGUAUAUCUCAAACCUUCUAUUGUGCUGAAUCCGUUUAUUGUGGAUUAUAUGCCAAUCACCCAGAUUAAAAUUGAAUUUGCUACAAAACACCGGUAUGAUACCUACCUGGGAGGAAAUCUCAAAUUAUUGUAUGGAAUAGAUCUCUCAGAUAAUGAGCUGAGUGGUUAUAUCCCAGCAGAGCUUGGAGGUCUUUUGGAGCUACAAGCUCUUAAUCUUUCUCACAACAAGUUAUCAGGAUUGAUACCAGAAAGCUUUUCAGGUCUGAAGAAUGUGGAAAGCCUUGAUCUCUCCUUCAACAGGUUACAAGGUCGGAUCCCAUCACAACUAACAGAGCUGAGCAGCCUAGCUGUUUUCAACGUCUCAUUCAACAACUUGUCUGGAGUCAUUCCACAGGGAAAACAGUUUAACACCUUUGAUGGACAAAGCUACUUAGGCAAUCCUCUUCUUUGUGGACAAUCAAUCAACACAAGCUGCGACAACAGUCACUAUCAAGAAUCAGAAAAUGGUGUAAAGGCUGAUGAGAGCAAAAUCGACAUGGUAUCUUUCUACUGGAGUUUAGCGGCAGCUUAUGUGACUAUACUUGUUGGAAUAUUCUCCUCUCUCUCUUUUGACUCUCCCUGGAGCAGAUUUUGGUUCUACCUCGUCGAUGCUUUCAUUCAAAAGGCCAAGAGUUUGUUGUGGUAA